AUGGCUCUCUUUCUCGCGCCCCUUGUGCUGUGCAGCUGCGUUCCUGUGGUGGCAGCAGCAUUAACCUUUGCAGUCCCUUCUACACCACCGUCCAAUGCUAGUGGGCAGCUCUCGGCUGCACCCGUCGGUGUCUCUCUUGAAUUCUUUGCGUUUCCGGCUUACAUGAACAAUGUCGCCGCGACGACUACCUGUCUCCAGAACUUCAAGGCUCUUACUGGCGUAUGGCCUCCUUUGCGAAUUGGAGGGACUACUCAAGACCGAGCGACGUACGAUGCUUCAUCGACCAAUGCUGUCACCUAUACCGUCGCUUCUUCCGGCGAUGCCCCAACAAGUCUCACAUUUGGACCACCAUUCGUCUCUCUAGCUGCAAGCUACGGCGGUGAGGUGAUUCUUGGUCUGAAUCGGCGACUAAAUAAUCUCUCAAACACCAUUGCCGCAGCGACUCUGGCAAAGACCGAGAUGAAUAACUUGUAUGCUAUGGAGCUAGGCAAUGAACCAAAUUUCUACUCAAGCAGUGACCCGAUUGCCAACUCGCAGUCCUGGACAGCCUCGGCGGACUAUUCAUCGCAGGUGGGGUGGCAGGAUGCAGUGUGUGGCAAUCUGUCGACCUCAGAUAUGAUAUCUGCCGGUGUAUAUUUCGGCACUUCUCCAAUGAGUAUCGCUGGUCUAACAGCCACUGAGGGAACUGCCAACAGUUACGUCAAAGAUUACUGCUCGCAUAACUACCCGCAGUCGGCCAGCACUGCCAAUCUGGCGAGCCUUAUGAGCCACAGCGCCAUUGCCUCGCAGAUCAAGCCCUUUGCGGCCGAAGUUGCUGCGGCCGCUGCUAAAGGGAAGCCGCAUAUUUUUGGCGAAACCAACUCUGCUACGCAAGGAGGCGGUGGCAUCAGCCCGACGUUUGGCGCCGCUCUUUGGAUUCUGGAUUAUGUGAUGCAAACGCUUGUCAUGGGCACCGAGGCUCUUUACUUCCAUCAAGGCACGAUCGGCAACUGCCAAUACUGCUGGUGGGGACGCUACGACAUGGGAUCCCCUUAUUACGGAGCCUACUUUGCAACGAUGGCGCUGGCUAACGCAGAUCAAAUCGCUCCUCUCGACGAUCAGACGACCGCAUAUGCAUCCUACGCUAUAUACCAGAAUGGUGCUCCAAUCCGUGUUCUCCUCUACAAUUCCGACUACUACACAAGUGGCACUCGGUCGACUCAGACAUACACCUUGACCGGGUUAUCCUCCUCCCGCGUAACGGCUAAGCGACUCACAGCCCCAUAUGCCACUUCUCGCGUGGACCAUGGACAGAACCCCACAGUCGCAGGGCAGACAUUUGCCAACGGAACCUGUACGAUCCAGGGCACAGCUGUGACGGAGACAGCUACCGUCAGCUCGGGGAAGGCGACAUUUACCGUUGGGGCAUCUGAGGCCUUGUUAGUCUAUCUGUAG